GGUCAGAAUUCAAGUUUUCUUGUGUAACCGGGGACAAGCGAUCUUUUCCAGGAAGCAGCGGAGCGCUAAUGAUAACAAAAACCUCAUUUGAUUACAGUUUCUGUUUUCUGGUCACGAUUUCCACUCUUAUCCACGCUACGGCCGACCUGGUGGAACCGCGUAAAUAUUUAUAGAAAAAUGCUGCUUCAUUCUGUGUCACUGUACACCCCCGUCCCCUCUCGGUAUCCUCUUCCCCUUCUCCGGAACGGGUGACUGCAAUAAUUACAGUGACUUUCUGUCUGUCUCGGACUGCAGGUAGACAUCGGCUGGUCCCUGGACAGCGGAAAAGCAGAAAGAUGGGGGCUUUCUGGCCGAGUGACGGCUACAUGGUGACCUUGGCCCUUCUCGUUGGCUUUCUGAGUCUGCUGUACUGGUAUUCACGGUCUGCAUUCUCUCAGCUGGAGAAGGCUGGCAUUAAGCACCCAAAACCGCUUCCUUUCAUCGGAAACAUUAUGCUGUUUCAUCAGGGCUUUCUGGAGGGAGCCAGAGACAUUCUGAAGACUUACGGCCCGAUAUGUGGGUACUAUAUGGGGCGCCGACCGGUUAUUCUAAUAUCUGAGCCUGAUGCCAUCAGACAGGUUCUCCAGAAAGAUUUUGCCAACUUCACCAACAGGAUGAAGAUGAACCUGGUGACCAAGCCCAUGAGUGACAGUCUGCUGUGUCUCCGGGACGAGAAAUGGAAACGCGUUCGCAGUGUGCUCACGCCAACAUUUAGUGCGGCGCGCAUGAAAGAGAUGUGUCCUUUAAUAAACCACGGCUGUGACGUGCUGGUCCAGAACCUCAAAGCAUACGCAGACUCCGGAGAGCCGUGUAACGUCCAACGGAAUUACUCGUGCUUCACCAUGGACAUCGUGGCGAGUGUGGCCUUUGGCACUAAAGUGGAUUCUCAGAACAACCCGGAUCACCCCCUGGUGCAGAACAGCAAGAAAUUCCUGGAGCUCUUCACCCCCUUCAAGCCUUUAAUCCUGUUGACACUGGCGUUCCCGUCCAUCAUGAUCCCCAUCGCCCGACGGAUUCCCAAUAAGAAGCGAGACCAGUUAAACAGCUUCUUUCUCGAGACCAUCAGAGACAUUAUUGCUCACAGAGACCACCUGCCGGUUAAUGAGAGACGGCGCGACUUCCUUCAGCUGAUGCUAGAUGCCCGUGACACCAUCAGCCACUUUACCGUGGAUCACUUUGAUAUCGUCAACCAGGCCGACCUGGCCGCCCCGCGGAAAGACAAUCCGGAUUCCUCCAGGAAAACAACCAAAAUCCUCAACGAGGAGGAGAUACUGGGUCAGGCGUUCAUAUUCCUCAUUGCCGGAUACGAGACCACGUCCAGCCUUCUGUCUUUUGCUACAUACUUACUGGCCACGCAUCCCGAGUGCCAGGAGAAGUUGCUGAAAGAGGUGGACGAAUUCUCUCAAAAACACGAUGUCGCGGACUAUAACACGGUACAUGACUUGCCUUACAUGGACAUGGUGAUUUCGGAGACCCUCCGUAUGUACCCCCCUGCGUUCAGAUUUGCCAGAGAAGCGGCCCGUGAAUGUACCGUGAUGGGCCAUAAGAUCCCCGCUGGUGUGUUGGUGGAAAUACCCGUUGGAUGUUUGCAGAACGACCCAAAGUAUUGGCCAGAGCCGGAAAAAUUCCAGCCUGAAAGGUUUACUGCAGAAGAGAAAAAGAAGCGCCAUCCUUUCACGUACCUCCCGUUCGGGGCAGGACCCCGGAGCUGCAUCGGAAUUAGACUCGCCAUUCUGAAAGCCAAGAUUACGUUGUUCCGCGUGUUGCAGACGUUUCGUUUUGAGAUCUGCCCCCUUACCCAGAUUCCGCUUCAACUCACAAGCGUAUCGACCCUGAGACCUAAGGACGGCGUGCACGUCAAGGUGGUCUCACGCCAGCACACACUGGGGUCUUACAACUGACGACUUCACGCCCCAGACGGCAUCCAAGUCGUUAUCCCAGCAGGCCGGAAGAAUAAGUUUACGGACUUGUCGAGUUUCUUUACGCCGUGCUUGGUUUGUUGACAUCAGAAGCCUGUAGGCCCUUUGGACUUACGCUGCGCCUAGAAGUGUCAGAAGGACUCUUGACGUCAAUGGCAACUCAAGGGAUCCUACUGGGUUCAAAUGAGAGAUUUUUUUUAAAAAAUUUUAAUUCACAAAAGGUUGGAUUUUGUGAACGGGACUGAAUGAUCUAACCCUUCGCUCGCCAGAUUAAUACCGAGAACCUUCUACAAACCCUGACAAUAAACAUAAAAAGAAUGUAUUGUUA